AUGCAUUCUGUAUCACCUUUGCUUAGAACUUCUAACGAAGUCCUGGGAGUGAGGACGCUUCGAUUAGUGGAACUGCCAUACAUGGAAAGAACUACCAAUAGAAUCAGCUUCUUGCCUAUCAUUCGAAAUCAGCUUUCUGAGGCAGCCGAUCUUCAGACACAGCAAUGCGCUAUCAUCAAGGACGUAUUGCUUGGUCUCCUUGGAUAUGAGGGAACCUAUGUCCGCUUCAGCGACAAAUUCAAUCCCGACUUGCUUCAUGAUAGAAUUCAUGGUCCCGAUCACAAAAUCGCUAAGCACAUAGAUGUGAGUUUGAAAGCUAUUACGAAAAAACUUCUUCGCUAUGGAAAGUAUAUUUACGGGCUCAAAUCUUUCUCAGAAGUUUACAACCAACCUCGAUUUGGCAGAGUCAACCAAAAACUAUGCUCUGAAAUUGUCAUUCUCAUCAAACAAUACAAAGAGACUGUCCUAAACUUCGAAGAAUCUUUCAAGUUCAAUCCCUCAUUCACAUUGAACCAAAUGAGUAAUGAAAUGUCUCUCAAACUUUCUGACCGAAUCUCUCAUCUAUAUGAGAUUAUCAUUGCGGUACACACUGAAAGUGAAGGGAGAAAUUAUGCCUUGCGUGAAGCAACCAGCUCCGCCACCAUUUCCGCCACAUCGAGCAGAACAGCAAACUUUGACAGUUUUCUACAGACAAUUAAGAAUGAUAUUCACCUAAUGGGACCUAUAGACGUGUCAACUGACACAAACAGUUUCGAAGUAUGCAAGGGUGGGUUGGUUUUGCAGAUCAUACAAAACCGUAUGAACCAAUUUUCCGGUGAUGCGGUAUCUUUCAACUUUCUUUCUCGAAUUUUUGACGCAGUAAGUAAGGACUAUAUAUAUCUGCUUAACCUAUGGCUAUCAAGAGGCGAAGUGGAUGACCCGUUUGAAGAAUUUUUCGUCAAAAAGAACAAUUUACCCUCAAACAUAUUUUAUUCGAACAUUGAAAAAUAUUGGGAUGAGCUUUAUGUUAUCAAACUAGAUGGCAUAAUAGACCAAUUUGCGAGCAAAGAUUUGCAAAUGAAGGUGCUCUUAACAGGAAAAUACCUAAGCAUAUUGAAACAAAGUACAGGCGUCGCUAGCUUAGAUCAUAUUUUUGACACUAUUAGUGGCACUUUGAUUCCUCAUCCCAUAGAGAGCUUGCAUGCACCAGAUAUUACACUCAAGAUAUUACAAUAUUACAAGAGGGCCAAUAACUUGUUGUUGAAGCUUCUUUUCGAAGGGUACAACUUUACCUCCUUAAUGGAGAAUAUUCAUCAAAUGUUUCUCCUAAAGGAUUCAUACAAGAUAGACAUUUUUUUGGAUCGAAGCUUUCAUGAUUUGGCCCGAAACAAGUAUCACACUUCCAUCACAAAGACCAUCAAAUGCUACAAUGACAUAUUUUUGUUGGAUAAGAAGAAAUCGCAUGUUUCAGAGGUUCAACAGGAUACGUGGAGGAGAUCAUGCUCAAUUAAUGAUGUAUUACGCUUAUGUGAAACAUUCAAUUUCGACAGCACAAGCUUCUACGAUAUGGCAAGGGAUAUCAUCAAUAUUAAGUCUAUUGAUACAGACAACACACAAGGGAAUGAAAGUGCAUCAAGCGCAAUCAAAAAGAUUGUUCGCAAGUCAUUACAAAGACGCCAAUUAUCCCUGGCAGAGAUGCAAGAUCGAAGUAGUUCAGUGUCAAUAGAUAAUUUGGCAAUAGUGGGUGCCAACAUUGAUUUAGAAUUACCCUUCCCUUUGGGACUAAUUGUUGGUGAGAAUUCUGUCUUUGAAUAUCAAUUACUCUUUAAGCUACAGAUGAUUUUAAAGUUUGCAAGCAAAAGUAUGGACGAAAGCUGGAAAGACGUCAAUUUAUCGACUGUGUGGAAGUACAAGGGGUUCUCGUCACCAGUACGAAAGAUGAUUCUUCGAUGCCGAUCACUAAAUGCAAGGAUGAAAAAUUUUAUGAAUGAGAUUCAAAACUAUAUUAACUUCUCCAUCACAGAUCCUAAUUACCUUUCACUAGUGGAAUCCUUGAAGAAGUUGGAGUCUUCGAUUAGGUCAGAGAAACAGAAUUCUACUCUAGUCAACCGUGUGGAAUCUAUUCAUCUCUUGAGGAGACACAGACAUAAAAAUAGCAGCGUGUUUGAUGAAAAGAUUGUGGCAUCCGGUCACGGCCAGGCUUCUCUUGGGAACAUCAAAAAGUACGAUAGUUGCGAUGUGUACGAAAUGACGCAGAAGAUUGGAACAUAUCUCAACAAUAUUGUUAGAGAUUCGAUGGUUACAAGUGACAAGCUAUUAUCUUGCAUCAAAGUGCUUCUAGACUGCAUCAUUCAUUUCGCCAUAACUGUCAGCAGGUUGAAAAAAACAUUAAUUCUGAUGGAUGAACACUUAUUACGGUCUUUUGCAAAGGACUUUCCCGAAAAGUUUUCCAAGAUUGAAUUUAACGAAUCCUUAGUGAAUUCGAGGAUAGCAGGACUAAACGAGGUUUUAACUAAACAUUGGCGAAAAUUUAAUAACUCACUUGUGGUGUUCAUAGAAGCAUUAAAAGAAGUUGCAUCCGAGAACCUGUCUUUCUUCAGUCUUAUUGAGAGACUACAGGUUAUCUAA